GUAUUGUACAAGUAAAGGCGUCGAGACGGUGAGAAAGGGAAAAUGAUAGGGGCUGCGUACUUUAUGACAACGCACACACUGCAUUUUCUGGCUGAAGACUAUCCUGCUCACGAACCGUAUUUCCCAUCUGUCUUCACACCGAUAAAGCACCAUGUUUCGAACAUUGUCUUUACCCCUUCUCGCUAUCCUCGUCCUUGUCUUCAACUUCCACAGGGUGUUUUCCAUGCCUUUGACACUCAAUGCUACUUCAGAGCAACCUGCGCAACGACUCCCGAACAAUGUCAGAGUUCAAGGUUUAUACCUGAUGAUCAAGCGCACCGACUCUCAAAGCACCAAGCAUAGUUACUCUCACUACGCACCAGAUGAAGAGUGGGCGUUUUACGUCGGCAAUACUCACGCAUUCCAAUCAAUGGUCAAAGACAAACGGCUAAUACCCAAAGAGCUCGACAAGCCUCCCAGGUAUAAUACGCCUAAUAACAAUUCACCUACUUAUCUCGAGGUGUAUGUCAACUUCGAAAAUCGUGAGGCUAUGGCGUCGGCUUUCGAAAUGAUGUGUUCCAUGAUCCGUGGAUUUGACACCAACCUGCAGUUCAUCGAUAGAGCCAUAGGCCUCCUAGUGAAAGAGUUGAAGGUGGUCUACGAGCGUGAUAGUAGGACCAACGUUGAGAAACAGGUAACAGAGUUGCCGAAGAAGUGGAUUGCAAUGUACGAUGCGAUGAAGCCCAUAGGUCCAGCUGGGGCGAAGGUACCUGAAGAUACAUCCUCCAACGAAGUUGUGGAAAAGGCAUUUUAAAAUAAUACAAUUAUCUGCGCUCGUUCGAGCGACCAGUUCUCCAUACUAUCAUUGAGG